AUGACGCGCCGACCAGAAGCACACAGGACCGCUGAGGAGAACUCGAGCCAGGAACAGAAUGCAGAGGUCACUCCUGCUCAGGGAGUCGCUCAAGUCGGCGAUCCAUACGCGACAAGAUACACGCCCGAGGAAGACUACACGCUUUUCUACGGCAGGAUCUUCCUGACCGAGCUGCGCACGACUCCGCCCGCGGAUGCACACCUGUCACGGCCGCCGCAGGAGCACGCCCACCUGCUAAGAUUCCCUGUGGAUCAAGCGGUACGCCUUUUCGACGAUGCAGACGGAAACGCCAGAUGGAUUUCCGAAGACGCCCUCUACUCGCACGAGCGAGUCAUUCAGCAAGAUCACGUUCGCCUCCACCCGGCCGCCGACCCAAUUGACACUAUCCUGCGGCGUGUAGAGUUGGCACGAGAUGCUGGAGCCCAGCCUCAUCUCGAAGGUGUCUCCUCAUACCUUCGCGAUGCCCCGGCGUUGCGACGACCAACCAUCGAGUGGCUCCUUGCCGAGUUGGAAAACGACUCAGCUGGCGGUGAGAUGUUUGGGGAUCUUGAGGAUGACAAUGCCGAUUCAGAUAUCAAUCUGCACUUUGGCUUCACGGCGAAUCGACUACCAAACUCACUUAGAAGUCUGGUGACUGAGGAUCCCGAAGCUUAUGGUGUUGGCUCGAUUGCAGAUCCAAUGAGAGAAGGCCGUGGUACGAUCCACCGUACCAACAGGCAGAAUGCACACUCAGCAGCAACAGAGGCGAUGCCUCUGAUUCCAUCCCACACGACAGCAAGUCGCCCAUCACUGCUAUCAGCGCCAAUCAAUCCGACUCCAUUGAGGCAAGUCUCCAACGCCAACGACGUUGGAUUGAGUACAUCAAGCAUGCAUUCUGCUAGCGGAAGCGAACGCGUGCGAAGUGGCCGUGUGAGCAAGCCGGACACUAUCCGUCAGUCCUCCUCUGGCACUUCUCCACGUCGAGCAGCUCAGACACACCAAAGCUCUAUCAACUCUACACCACUUGCUCCAAGCACCACAGGACAGACACCAUCUCAAUCGAGAAUUGGCGAUGUCUACCCGGAACCAGGAGCUCAGGCCGAUGAGAGCAGACAGACUCCAAGACGAGGAGGCAGAUUGAAUGAUGUGACGGACCCGAAUUUCGAGGCGAUUGUUUACGAGAGCGAGCCGGAGCAGUGA